AUGUUACCUACAGAAAGCUCGGGAGGAGUGUGUUUCACCGUCAGUCAGCACUCAGAAGGAGGCCCGAACGGUAUGAAAACAGAGGAAAACCAGUCAUGUCUGCAGCAGGCUCCGUCUUCCACACCUUUCGACCAUGUGGGCGGAGGUGAGGUGUGUGCAGGAUGUGAGUCGCCUAUCGCUGACCGCUUCCUGCUGCGAGUGAACGAUCAGUCGUGGCAUGAGACGUGUGUGAAGUGCGCCGUGUGUCUGAGCACACUCAGUGGGACGUGUUACUCCCGAGACCGGCUGCUCUACUGCAAACACGACUACGAGAAGCUAUUUGUGCGGAAAUGCAGUGCGUGCCUGCAGGUGAUUGGACGCUCAGAGCUGAUCAUGCGUGUGCUGGGGCAGGUGUAUCACCUGGCCUGCUUCAGCUGCUGCGAGUGUGAGCGCCGGCUCCAAAGAGGUGACGAGUUUGUGCUCAAGGAAGGUCAGCUGCUCUGCCGUGGAGAUUAUGAGAAGGAAAGAGAGAUGCUCGCUGCCAUCAGCCCUGCCCCCACCGAGUCAGUGAAGAGCGAGGAUGAGGAAGGUGGCAGCAGCUCCAUGGGAGGAAAAGCUGGCGAUGACAGUAAAGAGCACAAGAGAUCCAAGCGUCCACGCACCAUCUUAACCACGCAGCAGCGCCGUGCCUUCAAGGCGUCCUUCGAGGUGUCCUCUAAACCCUGCCGAAAGGUAAGAGAGACCUUAGCAGCUGAAACCGGGCUGACUGUCCGAGUCGUCCAGGUCUGGUUCCAAAACCAGAGAGCGAAGAUGAAGAAAAUCGCUCGCAGGCAGCAGCAACAGCAGCAGCAGCAGGAGCAGGAGCAGAUCAGCGGCAGCAGGAGGGGUCCGAGUCGAGGAGGACGACUGAGUAACGACGACAGUGAGGACGGUUCGAGCAGUCACGGGUUAGAGGGCAUGCUCUCAUACUCCUCCAUGCCCCGACAGCAGCUCCUGGCUCUCGACCCAAACUUGUACGGGGGUGAGCAGUUCCGGCACGGUCUCACACCCCCGCAGCUCGGCCCCGAUCAGAUGCACCCGUACGACUCAGAGACCGUUUUUCACGACUUGGACAGCGAUGGAAGCCUGGGUCACCUCGGCGAUUGUCUCUUGGCGACGGCUGAGGGAGGGGUGCUGGCAGGACGCGUGGGAAAUCCGAUUGACCGCCUGUAUUCGAUGCAAAACUCCUACUUCACCUCGUGA